CAAAAGAACUCGUCCACCCUCAUUCGGAAUCACAGCUUCCUCUCUCCCUCCACACAAUAUACACACACAAGAUAUAAAACAACCAUCAAGUAUAGGAAGAAACAACUGAACAAGUCUCCUAGACAAAUGUGCUGAUAGCCUUCCACCAACAAGACAACCUCCAUAGUAUCUCGCCGUACCCACCCAACCAAGGCAAACCAGAGCAAGUGACUCAGAAAUACCCAACCAAAAAUGCCUUCCCUCACUUUCGCCGACGCUGCUUCAGCGAAACCAAACUCCAUCUACACACGACCACAGAAGAAGCAGAAGAUGAGCAUUACUCAGACCUACUUCCUCGCCCACAGUGCCCGCGGCAAGCUCUCUCGCGAGGCUGCCCGGCCUGAUCACGACCUCCGCCUCUUGGUCGGACACGCCAACAUGCUCGACUCUCUGAUGCUCGACCUCGCCAACGCCGAGCAGGAGCAAGAGCGGUGGUUCAACAACAUCGUCAACGGUUCAUCAUCGACGGAAGAGGAGGAGACGCCAAAGCACGUCGACACUAUCCCCGAAGAAGUUGAGGAGGAGGAGUCAGAGGACGAGGCUGAAAUCACAGCCGUGGAAGUCGACUCAGACAUGGAAGACGACGAGGAGGAUCUCACGCUCACUCGCACCGCCUCUCGACACUCACCACCAGAACUCAGCCUCGACACGGACUCGUCUUCGGAUUCAGAUGAGGAUGAACACAUGCCACCCUCACCACCCACGCCAAUGGUCGAGGCCCUGAGCGAGAAGCAAAGACAAGCCAUCGCCACGACAUCAUACUACGACGCCAAGGAGGCGUCUUCGUUAUCACCCACAGAGUCGCAAGCCUUUGAACAAGAAGGCUUCUACCUACCAUCGAGGCAACAGCCGACGAUAAUCGCUGCCUACUAGAGCAGGUUCGCUGACCGCCCUCGAUUACUCCUCCCGACUUUAGCGAGUGUGAUACCCAAGCGUUUCAACAUUUGGUUUGUCUUUUUUGGCCUGGGAAAAUGAGCAUGGUGUUUCUUCUGGAUGAAUUGUGUUGUUCAACAACAACAAAACAAAAAAAGAGUUUUGGGUAUGGGACUCCCCAAAACAAAGGAAUCGAGCAAGAUGAGCCAAAAUCUUCGGGAAACAUCAUCAUCAACAUCACAACAUCGGAGACAUUCGAUCUCUCAACUGCCCCCGCCUCAGUAGUCGUGGAUGAAAUAUACCAGCCUGAGGAAGCAGUUUGAGUUUGGAGAUGGUCUCUUGACGAUUGAUUUGAUUGAUGAAGAUGUUUUAUUUCGAGGACGGAACAUUUUGUGCUGUCUUGGACUACGAUUCUCUAUGACUCUACUCUUUGUCACAUUAGUUCUCCCUCCAUAAGAGGUUGAGGAUACUCUUGAAAAUUGAUAACUAUUUGAUCCCAUACAAA